GGGACACCAUGGCCUGUGCUGCUGUCAUGAUUCCUGGCUUGUUGCGAGGCUCUGUUGGAGCUGUCUGCACUCAGGCUGCUUCCUUGGGAUUGACACCCAGUGCUUUGCGCCACCUUACUCUGACCAGCGUAAUGAAAUCCAAAAGGAAAACUGAUCACUUGGAGAGAACUGCAGAUGUCAUCCGCCGGGAGGUCGUGUCGGCAGCUAAGGUGUGUGGGGCUGCCUAUGAGUCCCCAUCGGUGAAGAGGCUCCGCCUGCUUGUUGCAGAUAAGGAUUUUUCCUUUAAAGCUGGCCAGUGGGUUGAUUUCUUUAUCCCAGGAGUCUCUGUGGUUGGUGGUUUCUCAAUAUGCUCCAGCCCUAGACUGCUAGAACAAGAGAGAAUGAUAGAAUUGGCAGUGAAAUAUACAAAUCACCCUCCUGCCCUCUGGAUUCACAAUCAGUGUACACUUGACUCUGAAGUGGCCGUGAGAGUGGGUGGAGAGUUCUUCUUUGACCCGCAGCCUGCAGAUGCUUCUAGAAACCUCGUGUUGAUUGCAGGAGGAGUUGGAAUUAACCCUCUGCUUUCCAUCCUACGACACUCUGCAGAUCUCCACAGAGCCCGGGCAGACAAAGGAAGUGGCUAUGAGAUAGGAACAAUAAAACUCUUCUACAGUGCAAAAAAUACCAGCGAACUCCUGUUUAAGAAAAAUAUCCUCGAUUUAGUAAAUGAAUUUCCUGAGAAGAUUGCGUGCAGUUUGCAUGUUACAAAACAGACUACACAAAUCAGCGCCGAACUCAAGCCAUAUAGCACGGAAGGAAGAAUAACGGAGAAGGAGAUAAGAGAUCAUAUUUCCAAAGAGACUUUGUUCUAUAUUUGUGGCCCACCUCCGAUGACAGACUUUUUCUCCAAGCAACUGGAAAACAGCCAUGUUCCCAAAGAACACAUUUGCUUUGAGAAGUGGUGGUAGGGAGUGGGCACAGAUAGAAAAGAGAAAGCUCUGAGAUCCGCUGAGACAGUAACAGAUGUUUUUGUAUGAUUUGCGGCUUGAUGAACUUACCUCUACUCAGUCUUAUUUUUUAAGGCUGUGAACUAAGUGAGCAGCUGGAGAAGAAAAGAAAAGCCAGCUGACAGCCUUAAGUGAUCAACUUUUUGCAAAGACUUCAUUGAUUAAACUAGUUUUUACUAUAUUGACUUUCUUUUAUUAAUAACUGAUUAUCUCAUGAUGUACCUUGAAUUGGUCAAUAUGGAUUUUCUUUCCCCCUAGGGAUAAAAAGGACAUAUAUU